CUCUCUCUGUGAGAGAGGGAAGAAGAUAUGGGUGAUGAAUUGAUGAAAGCUAGAGGAGUAGCAAAAACAGUAUUAGGCAUAGCAGAUGCAGUUUCUUUUUACUGUGCGAUAACGAUAGUUGCCCUCAUGCUGACCGGUGCUUUCAGAGGUGAUGACAGUUAUGGGCUUACCACCACCACCAGCACCAGCAGCGUCAGAGUGACAGGCGGAGGAGGAAACAGACGUCCAUGUGAUGAAAUAUAUGUGGUGGGAGAAGGAGAAACGCUUCAUAGCAUAAGCGACAAGUGUGAUGACCCGUUUAUAGUUGAAAAAAACCCGCAUAUCCAUGACCCGGAUGAUGUUUUCCCUGGCCUCGUCAUCAAGAUCACCCCUUCUUCUUCUUCUUCUUCUGGUACAUGA